AAUGGUCCGGGCUCAGAGUCCUGCUCCGGGAGGGACACUUCUACACCGCACAAAUUUAGGCACAACACUCAUCGCUGAAAUGAACCAGAGCCGUCAGACGGUCGCCCUGGAUUAAACCGGAACUUUUGUCUUUUUUUUUUUUUGAAACGAUGGCUGUGAAUGUGGAAAAGUAGCGGCACGAGACGCUAACCGUCAGCACCACCGCCGCCAACGGACCUUCUUCCACCGCAAAGCAACUCCCAGCAGAUGCACGGCCACCGCUGAAAAAUAUGCCCCAGCCGAGCCGCCUCAACCCCGGCUUCAGUCGCGAAUUCCCAGCGUUUUAACCAGUUUUCGUGAGAACGUUCGCCCCUUUUCUGCCCGCUCUUUUUUUUCCGCUUCUUACCCACAAACUCCGCCGUACAAGUCUCAGACCCACCUGCGCGAGACAGAAUUAUGGCAGGGAAGCUGACAGCAGCGCAAGGCACGGGAAUACUGCUGGUGACAGCCAACGUCGGAUCCCUGUUUGAGGAUCCUGAGAACCUACAGAAAACAUGGCUGAGGGAGUUCUACCAGACAGUACAGUCACAGAAACCUCACUUCUUGGCAGUGCAUUGUCAAGAGGUCGGUGGGAAGAAUUACGAGGCCUCCAUGUCACACGUGGAUAGUUUUGUGAAAGAGCUGUUGUCCAGUGACGCCAUGAAGGAGUACAGCCGAGCCCGCGUCUACCUCGAUGAGAACUACAAAUCCCAGGAGCAUUUCACUGCUCUCGGAAGUUUCUACUUUAUCCAUGAGUCUUUGAAAAACAUCCAGCAGUUUGAUUUCAAAGCCAAGAAGUUCAGGAAGGUGGUUGGAAAGGAGACCUGCUCAGAAACACUAGAAAGCACACCUUCACUGGAGAAGGAGAAGUUUCCACAGGACUACUUUCCAGAGUCCAAGUGGUCCAGAAAAGGAUUCAUCAGAACUCGAUGGGCCCUGGCUGACUGUGCCUUCGAUCUGGUCAACAUCCAUCUUUUCCAUGAUGCCUCCAACCUGGUGGCCUGGGAGAAAAGCCCCUCUGUCUACUCCGGGACCAGGCAGAAGGCGCUCGGCUACGUUUUAGACAGGAUCACGGACCAGCGGUAUGAGAAGUUGCCGUAUUUCGUGUUUGGGGACUUUAACUUCAGGUUGGAUUCGAAGCAGGUUAUUGAGAGUCUCUGUUCCACUGCCACCAUGCAGACAGUCAGAGCAGCCGACACCAAUGAAGUCGACAAGCUAAUAUUCCGAGAAAGUGAUAAUGACCGAAAGGUUGUUCUUCAACUUGAAAAGAAGCUUUUUAAUUAUGUCAACCAGGACGUUUUCCGGGAAAACAAUGGGACCUCACUUUUAGAAUUUGACAAAGAGCUUUCGGUGUUCAAGGAUCGGCUGCACGAACUGGAGAUCUCUUUCCCGCCCAGUUACCCAUACAGUGAAGAUUGCAGUCAGGGGAAAGAGUACAUGAACACCAGAUGCCCUGCCUGGUGUGACCGAAUCCUCAUGUCUGCCUCUGCCAGAGACCUGGUCUUAAAGCCUGAAAAUGAAGAGAAGUCUAUAGUGUAUGAUAACAUUGGACCCAACGUCUGCAUGGGGGACCACAAGCCUGUCUUCCUGUCCUUCCGAAUAACAACGGGGGCAGGUAAACCUAAUGCAAAUAAGCACAAGUGUUGUGUGGUGCAGUGAUGUCGUGGAAAGUGUUGCCAAAGGGGGGAGAAUAUAUUCCGUGAAGCGCCUCUGUGAGAACACACAAGAAACAAACAGGACACACACACACACAUGUCUGCUCACAUGUCCACUCACUGUUCACACACACACACACACACACACUUUGCACAAGCCUACACUGAAGAACCCAGUCAAACUUCUCAGCAGUGCUGACCAGUUGCAGUCGUCCUGACACCUCAUCCAUGCGAAAACCCGGUCGUUUUCUCUCCAUAAAACACUUGUUGAGAUGUGGACAAGCACCCGAGGGCCCGGCUCCAGACAAGACACACAUCGCUGACCUCACCGUUGCCGUGCAACCCCAUUCCCCAGAGACAAAAAAAAAAGAAAAAAAAAAGGACAGACGGACGGACGACUCUUUUCCAUGCCACAGCCUCUUUGCCAAAACUCUAAUUGAAAUCAGUCCUACUACAUACUUUUAGACACCGUACUUGCCAUUUUUAGGUAUGCCUCUAUGUAUAGAAGCUACUUUCCAUACAGUAUGUAAGGUGUUUUAAAAAGAAAAGUGCAAUGCAAAAAAAGUUGUAUAUCUAUAUUGUUAGGUUUAUUUGUACAUUGGACAGUAUAACAUAGAGUUGUUGAUGGUUUUAGUGCCGUUCUCUUUUCUGACCAAACUUUGUGGUCCUUUUUUGUUGAAAUAGAUAGACUUCUUUUUAUUUCAACAAUUUAUAUAUAUAUAUAUAUAUAUUUUUUUUUUUUUUUUUUUGGGGGGGUUUUUUUUUUUUUUGUGUGUUUUGUUUUGAGUUGUUGUUGUUGUUGUUGUGUGCACAACACACUGCCAUGCCUGACACAUCAGUUGAGUCUCAUUUUAUAUACUGUACUUUUUAAAGAGAUAAUUUAUAAUUCUUACCAAAAUGUUUAUGCUGAAGCGAGAAAAGAGUGAGCGGACGCGGUGACUGUUGGAGUUUUUUCUUUUCCUGCAGCCACGGUGACCUUUGAAUAGUCAGUACAAGAGGAGAGAAACAGCCGACGUGAUUUAUUGCCUAUCCAAGAAUGUUUUAAGCAGUGCCAUAGACCAUGCAAGUAUAUAAGAUAAAGUCUCAUAUAUAGCACUCUCACAUUAUGUCAUUAUUAUUCUUACUCUAACUUAUUUACCUAUAUUAUGGUUCUGAAUGUGAUAUUUUAGAUAGGCUUGGGUAUCCUUAAACUGUUUUUUUUUUUUUUGUCUAUUUUUGUUACUGCAUUAUGGUGCCAAGUAUCUACACAGAAAUGAAGUGUGUAAGACUUAUUAAAUAUGUCCGAUGGUAAGGGUAAUGACAUGUUAAAAGGAAAAAAAAAAAACUAAAAAAAAACAAUGUGAGAUGAACUCUAAAUGCUGGGGAAAAAAAGAGCAGAAUUGCUUUUUGUUUUUUAUGUAGCCUUCAACAGCCUUCAUCGCAGAUACUUCGAGCAUUACAGGUCGAUUCUGAAUAUUUGCAUUUAUUUUAAGUUACUACACUACAGAUUUCAGACUAAUUGACCCUCCGAUUUUGUUUUUUAUUGUUUUGUUUUUCAUCUAAAUCACCGCAAGUGGAGAUGAUUUUUGUGCCUGCCGCAGAAUUUAUGUUGUCUCGUGUGAUUUGGUUCAUAGGCGAAACAGAAAAAAAAAAAAAAAAAAGAUAACCUCUCUGCUUGUUUUGUUCCUGCUGGUCAUUGUGAGUAUACUGUAGGAGUAAGCCGCAGUUUUUACUUCACUCCAUCUUAAUUAAAGCAGAUAGAGAUUUUAUUCUAGCCCCUCUCUGGACGGCCUGGCCUCUACUGUAGGUGAUGCAGUUCUCAAGCAAUAAAAACCAUUAGAGCUC